AUGGCUUCAAUAGCGCUGACUUUGCUUGUCAGCUUGGCUGCAGCUCAGUUCCCACCCAAGCCGGAAGGCGUCAAGGUCUUGCGCUCCAAACAUCACGACGGUGUAACGCUAUCAUACAAAGAACCAGGACUAUGCGAGACAACUCCCGGAGUCAAGUCAUAUGCAGGCUAUGUACAUUUACCUGUGGAAGCACUCAAUGAGACGUUCGAGCAUAAUGGUUAUCCCAUCAAUACCUUUUAUUGGUUUUUCGAGUCUCGCAUGGAUCCUCACAACGCGCCAUUGGCGAUUUGGUUGAAUGGCGGGCCGGGAGGCAGUAGUCUGCUCGGCGCCCUCUCAGAGAACGGACCGUGCUUCGUGAGCAACGAUUCGAAGAGCACAUAUCUCAAUCCAUGGUCGUGGAAUAACGAGGCAAAUCUCCUUUUCAUCGACCAGCCGAACCAAGUAGGAUACUCUUACGACGUCCUCACCAACGUGACCGUGAACCUCAUCCCUUCGGAUUCGUGGCUUCCAGGAGGUGACGUACAACCUACAGAUUUCUCCGAUGGAGUCCCCGAGCAGAACAACACUUUCUUGGUUGGCACUUCGAGUAGUCAAAAGGUUAGCUCGACUGCCAACAGUACUCAACAUGCUGCUACAGCAAUCUGGCACUUUGCACAGACCUGGUUCGAAGAGUUCCCUCAAUACAAGCCUGACGAUGAACGCAUCAGUCUCUUCACCGAAAGCUUCGGUGGACAUUACGGACCAGGCUUCAUGGACUACUUCAUCCGACAAAACGACAAAAUCACACGAGGAGAAAUCCCCCGCGACGGCGCUCAUUACAUGCAUCUCAGCACGCUAGGUAUCGUCAACGGCUGCAUCGACGCCCCGGACAUGUUCGAAUCGGAAAUUAUCUUCGCGUACAACAACACCUACGGCAUCCAAGCCAUCUCCCAAGACGAUUACGAAUGGAGCAUGAACGAAUUCCACAAGCCCGGCGGCGUCCUCGACGACCUCCACAAAUGCCGCGAAGCAGAACUCCAAACCGAUCCACACAACCACGGCACCGUAGCCGCAACCAACAAAAUCUGCUCCGAGGCAGGCGAACGAGCCGAGAAUAUCAGCGAUGGCAUGUAUGAGGAAGGCGGGAGCCGUGCACCAUUCGACAUCACUCACGACGCGCAAGAUUCUUUCCCUCCUUCUUUUGUGCUUGGCUGGCUCAAUCAGGUGGAAGUGCAACAGGCUUUGGGAGUACCUGUCAAUCAUUCGUGGUUUUCGCAGGCUGUGUCGAAGGCGUUUUCGAGUACGGGAGAUAUUGCCAAGGGAGGUCAGUUGGAGCAGUUGAGGAAUGUGUUGGAGCAUGGAAUUACUGUUGCGCUGCUUUAUGGAGAUCGUGAUUUUGCUUGUAAUUGGAUCGGCGGAGAAAGAUAUAGUCUCAACGUGCCCUGGUCCGGUCAAGCCAAAUUCCGCGCAGCAGGAUAUACACCACUUGUGCUCUCCGAACCAUAUACGCAAUCCGGCGGUCUCGUUCGUCAAUAUGGAAAUUUGUCAUUUACACGAGUCUACCAAGCAGGCCACAUGGUCCCCUCCUACCAACCCGAAGCCGCCUAUAGAAUUUUCAUGCGCGCCCUCAACCACCGCGACAUUGCAACAGGAACCAUCAACACUCAUGACACUUUUCCCACCACCACUACCACCACCAAUACUACUACUUCCUCCUCCUCCUCCUCCGACGACGACGACGACGACGACGACGACGACGACGACGAAGAACAAUACGAAUAUUAUUCCACAACAGGACCCAGUGAUACGUGGUGGAAAAAGAAUGAUGUCUUACCCGGCAUGCCACAUGUGUGCUAUACACUGGAUCCGUUGAGGCAAUGUACGGAAGAGGAAGUUGAGUGGAUUCGAGAUGGGACGGCGGUGGUGAAGGAUUGGAUUUUGGUGGGGAGGAAGAAUGUUAGUGAUAGUGAUAGUAAUAGUGAUAGUGGUAGUCAGGUAGAAAGGAUGAUAAGUAAUAGGGAGGGUCAGGUGCCGUUCAAGGUGGAUUUGUAG